AUGGCCGGCGACUCGUUCUGCGACACCUUUCCUUCCAUAGCCCGAGUCUUGGAUGCCACGAGCGAAGCCUCGUGGAGCAGGUUCUCCAGCGAAACAGUGAGCUUUUCAGACGCAGAAUGGCUGACACGAUCCAUCUCUUGGUUGACCUGGAUCUUGAUGAAGUCAGAAGACUCAAAAUCAUCGUCGUCCUGGUCAAACUCCGCUGACACCGAUUUUCUCUUGAUCGGCUCCACUUGCUCUCUAUCGCCCGCUUUCGAGUCCAGCAGGAACGCCAGCCGCGAGAACAUGAGAUACUUGUCGAUAAGGAACGGCAUCGAUGGCAGGUCGUUCGAGAUCUCGCUCGAAACUUGCAACGUUGGCCGUUCCAUGGUGUUUGUCAUUUCCAGCGCAUUUGGAGUCGGAUCAGGACGUCUGCCGGUGAUACGGUCGUAG